CUGCACGGCUCCUCACCUCCCUGUGGGCUUCUUCGGCCUUCCUUUGUUAGCGGGGUGCUGCGGCAGCAGGGCUGGCUGCUCGGCAGGGCGGCCCUCGUCGGCAGCGGGGCUGUGUGCGCAGCAGCCGUGGCAGAAGCUCCUUUUGGUGCUCAGCAGCCCUGUCCCAGCCUGGUGCAGAUGGAUCCCUUCGCUCACAGCUUCCCUCUGCAGAGGCGCAGGUCGCAGCCGUGGCACAGCGCACCCUGUGCUCACAGCCCCUGUUUGCCAGGAAUGCGGUGUGUUCUCAGUACGUUUGGGGUUUAAUUAAUGGUUGGAUCGGAACGUCUUCCUCUGCUUCAUUGUCUCAGGGCACGGUGGCACAAAAUGGCUCCGUUUGGAGGCCGGGGCGGAGCGCAGCGAGGCGGCAGAUGGAGCUCUGUGGCUUCGGGGCUGCCCCCCUCCAGCUCCCAGGAGCAAGGUCCUGGAGGGGUGCGAAUGCAUCAAGUCGGGCCCGAGUCGAUAGCGGUGGGACGGCUGGCUCUCAGACAAGCUUGGUUCGCUUGUGGGCUGCUUUGCGUUUGGCUUGGAUGGGGUUCAGUCUUUGGCAUCGCUUCCGGGAAGGGACUUUUGUUUUUGUCAGCAAGGCCUGGGAUGGGCCAGGCGUGCUUGGGAGCCUCGCUGCCUUCACAUGGAGCAGGCAGGGGGUUGGGCAGCCCGGGUGACCCGGCUGGCGCAGGCAGGGCUGGCUGCAGGCACCGAGUCGUGCUGGGAAGCCAGAAGGGAGAAAAGCCAGCGCAGCUUUGUGUUUGCUGUGUUUGUAGUGCUCCUGAUGUAAAUGCUUUGCGGGUUCUUGGAUCGAUGUUCUGCUCUGAGGGGCUGCAGGGAGGAUGGCUGCAGGACAACUGCUGUUUGGGUACGAGCACCAGGUCGCAUUCUCUUGGCUCCGGGUCUCCGGGGCCGCCUGGCCAGCUGGGAGCACAGCGCAGGGGUUUGGGGGCUGCCCUGUGCUCUGCCAGCUGCGCUCAGCUGGGAGUACCAGCAGUCCUUUCUCACGUUUGCUUCUGUGAGCAUUCCUUGCAGCAGAAGCUGGUGCUGGUGGGAGGGAGCGGCGAUGCUGUGCCUCUCAGCAGUGGCGCUGGAUGCUGCUGCUGGGCUGUGAGGGCAACCACUUCGACCAGUAUGAAGAAGGGCACCUGGAGAUAGAGCAGGCGUCCCUGGACAAGCCCAUCGAAUCGGAUAAUAUCGGACACCGCUUACUGCAGAAGCAUGGCUGGAAGCUGGGCCAGGGCUUGGGCAAGUCGCUGCAGGGGAGGACAGAUCCCAUCCCGAUUGUCGUCAAGUAUGAUGUCAUGGGCAUGGGGCGCAUGGAGAUGGAGCUCGACUACGCCGAAGAUGCCACUGAGCGGAGGCGUGUACUGGAGGUGGAGAAAGAAGACACCGAGGAGCUGAGGCAGAAAUACAAGGAUUAUGUGGAUAAGGAGAAGGCGAUCGCCAAGGCUUUGGAAGACCUCAGAGCCAACUUCUACUGCGAGCUCUGCGACAAGCAGUACCAGAAGCACCAGGAGUUUGACAACCACAUCAACUCCUACGACCACGCUCACAAGCAGAGGUUGAAAGAUCUCAAGCAAAGGGAGUUUGCUCGUAACGUCUCCUCAAGAUCGCGGAAGGAUGAAAGGAAGCAGGAGAGGGCCCUGCGGCGCCUGCAUGAGCUGGCGGAGCAGCGGAGGCAGCCGGAGUGCGCUCCGGGAAGCGGCCCCAUGUUCAGAACCACAACUGUGGCUGUGGAUGAGGAAGGUGGGGACGACGACGACGCUGCGGCCAACAGCAGCUCAUUCACCCAGACGUCAGGCCCGGGCGGGGAGAUGGGCACAGAGAGGGGCUUCCUAAACGUGGGGCAGGGCGGUGGCAGCGCCGUGCCAGGCCAGGCACCCCUGCAGGCAGCACAGGCUGUCAGCUUUGGCAUCAAGGGCGCGUUGGGAACCCCGCUGCAGAAGAUCGGUGUGUCGUUCUCCUUUGCCAAGAAGACUCCGGUGAAGCUGGAGACCAUCGCUUCGGUUUUCAAGGACCACGUGGAUGAAUCGAGUUCUGCAGAUGGAGCAAAAGCUGAUGAGAAAGGGUCCUCGGAUGGAGGGGGCCUGCAGAAAGCCGGAGAGGGCGAAAGCACAAACAGUUCUGACGGCAAGGCGGAGGACGACGACCACGACAAAGACAGCGGGUCUCUGGCCACCACGCUGUCCAAACUGAAAAAGAUGAGGCGAGAGGACGGACCGACGGCGGUUGAACCGGAGUACUACCAUUAUAUCCCCCCGGCCCACUGUAAAGUAAAGCCCAACUUCCAGUUUCUGCUUUUCAUGAAGUCCACGGAACAAACGGAAGCUGAAAACGUGAACAAAAAAAACACGAAUGAAGCCAGGAAGGGAAAUUCCCCUAAACCCAAACCCAGCAAGCACGUGGAGAAGGCAGCCGAGAGCACGGCACAGCCUAAGGAGCAGAGUGAACCUGAGAGCACCGCUCAGCAGGGCAAGGAGGAACAGAAGGAAAGCCCAGAAGAUGUAAGUGCGCAGGAGAGCAGGCGCCUGGCAGAGAGCAGCCUGCCUGAGCCAGGCGUGCCCGGCGAUGCUGCCCAGCCUGCCCCGAGCUCUAAGGAUGUCCCGGAGGGGCCCAGGCCGCCGACAGGGCCCUUCAUUCCGGUUCUGAGUAAGGAUGAGAGCACCACUCUGCAGUGGCCUUCGGAGCUCCUCAUAUUUACCAAAGCGGAGCCGUCCGUUUCCUACAGCUGUAAUCCUCUGUACUUCGAUUUCAAGCUCUCCCGCAACAAAGAUGCAAAAGGGAAAGGGGCUGAGAAAUCCAAGGAUCCGGGCGGGCUGUGCAGGGAGAACAUCCAGAACGCGGAGUUUGGAGAGGUGAGCAAAGCCAAGGAGGCAGACAGCAUCACCGAGGGCUCGGGGGGAGCGGAGGGCAGAUCGCUGUCCCAGGGCAAGCAGGAGGGCGGCCUGCAGGGCGAGGGCGAGGGCGACGAGAGCGGGAGGAGCGGAAGCGGCCGGGGUAAGGCUGGCAAAUCCCACAAGCACAAGAAGAAAAAGAAGCACAAAAAGUCCAGCAGGCACAAACGCAAACACAAGGAGGAGCCUGAGGAAAAGAGCCGCAAAACUGAGCUGGGUGAGGAGAAACCCAGGAAACGGAGGCGGCACCGGCGCAAGAAGGUGAAAUCCUCUCUUUCUACCGAAUCGGAGCGGGCGCUGAAGGCGGAGCUGUCCGAGGAGUGCGGCCGCUUCCAGAAGAAGAAGCGCUGCUCGCAGGAGUCGCAGCGGAAGUCUCUGUCGGCGGAGGAGGGCAGCAGUGGGAAGAAGGAGGACAGCGGCGCCUCCCGCGGGCGCAGCACCAGGAGCCACUCGCAGCGCUCGCUCUCCAGGAAGGGCUCCCGCGGCCACGAGAGCCCCGAGGAGAGGAGGUCGGGGAGGAGAGACUUCAUCAGGUCCAAGAUCUACCGCUCGCAGUCGCCGCACUACUUCCGAGCGGCGCGAGGUGAAGGGGCCGUGAAGAAGGAGGAUGGCAAAGGGGAGGAACCCAGGGGGUCCCAGAACAGCGGCUCGGGCACCAGCCGUGCCUCGGAGGGUGACUGCAGCCCCGAAGAGCGGAACUCCGUCACCGCUAAGCUGCUCCUGGAGAAGGUCCAGUCCCGGAAGGUGGAGAAGAAGCCCUGCGUCGCUGAGGAGAUGCUGGUGGGGGCCGGCAAGGUGGGCAUCAAGCUCAAAGACCCUCCGCAGGGCUACUUCGGCCCAAAGCUCCCUCCCUCUCUGGGCAACAAACCCGUUCUGCCCUUAAUUGGGAAACUGCCGACCGUGCGGAAGCCCAGCGCCAAGAGGUACGAGGAGUCCGGAAUGGAGAGGGGUGAGGAGCUGUCGGAUUCCGAGGGGGCGGAGGAUGCGCCGCUGGGCGGGCAGCCGCUGCUGGGGGACGCGGCGAUGGGGCUGCAGGACGCGGGGCUGGAGGAGCAGAAGCGCGAGGAGGAGAUGCCCUCCGUUCCCCUGGAAGCGCCGGCGCUGCCCGAGUGCUUCAGCUCCGGGGACCUGGUGCUGCCCCACACCUUCCUCGCGGCCCCGGGCGAGCGUGAGGCGCUGGAGCCCAUGGACGGGGGCAGCCAGCCCGUGCCCGUGGACGCGGCCAUGAUGCCGCUGGUCCCCGACGUGGAGCACUUCCCCGGCUACGUGCCGCAGGGCGGCGAGCCCGGCAUGGAGGGCGACCGCGACGGGGGGGAGGACUCCUCGCUCGCGCCGCUGGAGAGCCAGCCCAUCACCUUCACGCCCGAGGAGAUGGAGAAGUACAGCAAGCUGCAGCAGGCGGCCCAGCAGCACAUCCAGCAGCAGCUCCUAGCCAAGCAGGGACCUCAGACAAGCAUGACAAUAAACCCUAUUAUGAGGCACAGUAAAAGCACUGACAUAUUUGGGAGAUUAAGCAUUAAGAAGUGGCUUUCACAUUACACAGUAUUCAUAACUCCCUUCUCUCUUAGCCUGGAGGGAAGGGAGGAGGUAAUUCAGCUAGCAUGGAAUGAGGAAAAAGGCAAAAUGCUUGCAAAGCAGGCUGCAAAGCCUUCAGCCAACAAGGGUGCACUGACAACAGCUUGACAGUGCUGCAGAUGC